UCCGCCUUUGAUCUGGGCGCAGAGUUUGUCCUCGGUCCGCCGUUGCUCAGUGUUGAUCUGGAGCUGGGACAGCAGCGCUGACAUGGUGAGCAGACCGGUGCGGGAAACACACCACCACACCUCUCACCGGUCUGCUUUCGACUUUUAACGACUUUGAGCAACAGGCUCCUUUUUUUUUUGCAGCUACAGGCAACAAGUGGCUCAUCAAAAUGGUCUGGAUGCUUCAACACGCCUUCUCGCUCUUAUUAGCCGUGCAUGUCAUAUAUUCAACCCUGAUUCCUGUGAGGGCCGAGGAGGAGACCAGAGAAUGCAGAGAACAGGAGUACAAGGACCGCUUUGGGAACUGUAAACCCUGCAAGCAGUGUGAUGCAGGACAGGAGCUAUCAAAGGAAUGUGGCUUUGGUUAUGGAGAGGAUGCCCGGUGCGUGCCCUGCCGGAGCAGUCGCUUCAAAGAGGACCGGAGCCUGCAGAAGUGCAAGCCCUGCCUGGACUGUGGACUCAUCAACCGCUUCCAGAAGGGCAAUUGUUCCACCACCAGUAACGCUGUGUGUGGCGACUGUCUGCCAGGAUAUUACAGGAAGACAAAAUUAAGUGGUUUCCAAGACAUGGAGUGUAUACCCUGUGGGGACCCUCCACCUCCUUAUGAGCCUCACUGCAGCGGGCGCGUGAACCUGGUGCCGCUGCCCUCGGUGGUGACCAGCCCGCGGGACAUGGCCCUGGCCGCGGUCAUCUGCAGCGCUCUGGCCACUGUGCUGCUGGCUCUGCUUGUCCUGUGUGUUAUCUAUUGCAAGAGACAGCUGCUGGAGAAGAAACCCAGUGCGGCCUCUCUGAGGUCCCAGGAUUGUCCCUACAGUGGAGCAGAGCUGUCCUGCCUGGAUCCCCGCUGGCUCCAUGAUUUUCCCCAGAGACCCUGCUGCCAGUGUCACCUAAGUGCAGGACACACCUGUGGUCCAGUCCAUCUGAUCCCAUCUAUGUGCUGCGAUGAGAGCUGCAGUCUGGGCCGCAGCCAGGAUAACAGUCCCUUCCAGUCCCAGAUGAGCCUCAGUGAAGGAAAUACAAACCAGGAUGAGGAGGGCACCCCGGUACAGCUGGGAGGACAUCUGGAGUCUGUCUGCGAAGAGGCUGGUGGGACAAGAGGGAGUUCAGAGCCUGCAGAGUGUUUGGGACUGUCGCAGUGCAGCGCUGAGCCUGCAGGAAUGAUGGAAGUGGAGGAAGAAGGGGAGGAAGAGGAAGGGUGCAGGUCAAGGGAGAAUUCACCUGAGAGGACCAGGCAGAGCUACAGUGAUGCUGUGACAGAUGCACUUCUUUCCAAACAGUACUCCUCAAGUCACGAAGGAUGACAUGGAUUUCUUUGGCUCGUGUUCCAACCUUGAACCACCCUGGACUCAACAACAGCCGCGGCCAGAUCCCAUAUCAGAUUACGCACUAGUCCCCCCCUACACACACAGCAGUCACUCUCAAGUGUGGUUGCACCAACCCUUUGAAAUGCCUGCCACUGACCUCAGAGCCCUUGUCAAAGGGUCCAAACAGAAUAAGUACAUGCAAUCAGAAGCACUUCUGAGGAAAAGCACCAGGGCAAAGGCAUAUACACACACACAUACAUACAUAAUGUGAACUUGCUGGCCCAGAAGGUGAAAUCAAAUGAAGUUUGAUUGUAGAGGAGUAUUGACUUGAUAGAGCAGAGCGAAGUGAAUCAAAGUGAGCCUCUGCUCUGCCUUGAGAAUGUCUUGCAUCUUCACAUGUAGAACACAAACUGUACCACUGAUCCAGCAGCUGGUGUUAUGAAGCUUUUGUGUGUACAAGGUAACAGUUGCAAAAUUUGAGGUGUGAAGAAAAGUUUCAAAAGUGAUUAUGUUGCACAUUAAAGACAAUCUUGAUAAUAUGGAACAAGUUAAGAUGAGGAAUGUUUAAAGUGAUAGAUGUUUUGUAGAUACUGUAAAAUAUUAAAUAGGUCAAUAUUUUUGUAACAUAGACAUGACUGACGAUAUGUUUGCUUUUCUUCCCACAAUUAUAGUGAUUAUGGCUGUGAAUAGUCACUUCCACAUACUGUUUUUGUAAAUAAACCACUUGAACAACUUUA